AUGAGCAGUAAUUCAGCCGUUCCAGAGCUUGAUAAAGAUACACUAUUUUUAAAAAGUUGGCAUACGUAUAGACAAAUAUUAGCAGAAAAUUACAAUCAACAUGAAACAUUGUUUUCGAAACUGCCAGAUUAUAUCAAUAGUAAACUAAAAGAACCAUUUUCUUUACUGGAUCUUGGAUGCGGUGAUGCUGCCUAUCUUACGAAAUUAUUUCAUGAACAUAACAUAUGGCGUCGUAUUAUAUCUUAUACGGGUGUUGAUUUGUCGUCAGAAGCAAUGAAAAUUGGAGAAGAAAAUAUUACGGGAAAAAUAAUUUACGGGUAUUGCUAA